UUGCAUAAAAAACCUUACUUUUCAAGAAAUCUUUCCUUUUUUGUGGUUAAAACACACGAUUUUGGAAGAAGAAAUCGCAACAAAAAGACACCCACUUUCUACUUUGUUAGUUUUCUUCAGAAACAAUGGUGUAUCUACCGAUGAAGAGACCGAGAGAAGCCGAGCUAGAUACAGCCAUAAACAAUAUGGCUAACUGUUUGAUGCUGCUUUCGAGAGGAUGUUCAACCAACGAGCGGUAUGAGAACUCACCGAGCCGAGUCUUUGAGUGUAAGACUUGUAACCGUCAGUUCCCAUCUUUCCAAGCUCUAGGUGGGCAUAGAGCUAGCCACAAGAAGCCUCGCCUCAAUACUGAUGGUGACUUGGCUCACGGGACCAACUUGAUGCCGGCUAAACCCAAGGCCCAUGAGUGCUCGAUUUGUGGGCUGGAGUUUGCCAUCGGACAAGCCUUGGGUGGACACAUGAGAAGGCAUAGAACCGCCGUAACAAACGAGAAAAAGUCGUCAGCUUCAUCGCUGGGCUCAACUACAGCUCCGGUGGUGAAAAAAGUUAACAGCCGGAGGGUUUUUAGUUUGGAUUUGAACUUAACGCCGUUAGAGAAUGAUUUGGAGUUUGGGUCCGGUAAGGUGGUUCCGACCACCGUUGAGUUAUUUUUAUGAUGAUGGAAUUUUGAUGUAUUUAUUGUUUUUAUAUAUACCACACUUCUCUUUUUUCUUUUA